CUUAUCCCCCUCCUCCUUUCCCAAUUGUCAUAUUAUCAAAAAUCAAACUCCUUUAUAUAUACAAACAAAAAUCUCUAAACACAAAGGGCUUACCACUUCCAUCUCUCUCUCUGUUUUUUUUCCCCUGUUUCCGAUUUUGCAGAAGCAAACAAGAUUUGAUUGUUGAAGAUGGGGAGAGGAAGGAUUGAGAUAAAGAAGAUUGAGAAUGUGAACAGUCGUCAAGUCACUUUCUCCAAGAGACGUAACGGCUUGAUGAAGAAGGCCAACGAGCUUUCGAUUCUCUGCGACGCAGAGGUCGCCGUCAUCGUCUUCUCCGGCACCGGCAAGGUUUACGAUUUCUCUAGCGGCAGUAUGGAGAAUACUCUCUCGAGAUAUGGAUACAGUGCUACUACGGCUGAUCAUAGACAAAAAGAAGAGCAACAACUUCUACUUUGUUCUUCACAAGACAAUGGUGAUGUGUUGCGGACUGGUGAAUCUUUGAGGAGUGAACUUGGGAGAUUACAGCUUGCAAUUGAGAGACUCAAGGGUAAGGAGCUUGAGGGUAUGAGUUUCUCGGAUCUAAUUUCUCUUGAAAACCAGUUGAAUGAUAGCUUGCAUAGCGUCAAGGAUCGAAAGACACAAAUCCUUCUCAACCAGGUAGAAAAAUCUCGUUUACAGGAGAAGAGAGCAUUGGAAGAGAACCAGCUUUUGCGCAAACAGAUAGAUAUGUUGGCGAGAGGUGCAUUAGGACCAAAACCGUUGAGUGAAAUACCUCAGUUCUCUAGCCCGCAAGCAGAGGCAGAGAGCUCUUCAUCAGACGAUGAUGAUGAUGACGAAAAUGACAACGAGGAGCACCAUUCCGAGACUUCCUUGCAGCUGGGGUUGUAUUCGUCGGGGUAUGGUGCAAUGAGAAAGAAGCCAAAGAUCGAACCGCCCUGCGAUAACUCUGGAAGUCAAGUAGCUUCUGACUGAUUGUUAUCAACCAUUAUCCUAAUUAUGGUGUUUAGUAGAGGUUUUAUUGUGAAUUCUCCUUUGUUUCAUGCUCUGGUCUUUUGGUGUACAUCGUAUCAAGUAGAGUUUAUGUUUUUAGGUACUCAAACAUUAGUUUCUCUUGUUAAAGUUUCUAACAUUUCUAGAAACAGAACACAAGCUGAGAAUGAAUCAGGAGAAGAACAAUUCAAAAUGUGCAUCCAGUUUUUGCUUCACU